GCCAUCCGUUCCGAAAUUCGUGUGGCGCCAGUCGAUGUUCAGUGUGGACCAAGUUAACUUCCAUUUGUUGCUCAAAAAAUGCUAAAUCAAAUCAAAACUAUACAACUUUUUAGCAUAACUGUGUCGUAUAACGCUCCAUGUUUUCUUUAGUGUUAAAUUAUUAUUAACAAAGGACCGUUGUGGGUUAGAUUGAGUUUAGCACAAAGAGUGCGCGAGCAUUAAACGGUUUUUGGACCAAUUACCAGUUGUGACCAUGGACUACACGGAGCUGAAAAGGAAGGGUCGGAAGCUACUGGAGGCUGGGGAACUCGAAAAAUGCUACCAGAUGUUUGAAGAAGCGUUAAGAUUAAACCCAUCCGAUGUUCGGAUACGCCAAAAGGUUGAAACGUUACGCGAAGCUUUAGACGAACAGACAUGCGAGGAAGACGACUCCGAUGCGCAACAGCAGGAAAACUCAGAGAUGGUGGAGCUGUGCCCUGAUUACUAUCUCCACAAUAAAAUAUAUUCGAAAUUGUUUGAAUAUCAACGCGAAGGUUUGAAGUGGAUGUAUUCCUUGUUCAAACGGAAAAGAGGUGGCGUACUCGGUGAUGAUAUGGGCCUGGGUAAGACCGUACAGGUCAUAUCAUUUUUAGCGGGUCUGUACGACAUGGAAAAGAUAUCGUCAGUGUUAUUGGUCAUGCCAGUCUCGCUCAUUGGUAACUGGAUGACAGAAUUCGAAAAAUGGGCACCCGGCAUAAAAGUGUUCGACCAUCAUGCUGGCACCAACAAGGAGAAAGAAGUCGUCCUUCGGAAGGUGAUGAAUCGCGGUGGCGUAAUAUUGACAACCUAUGGAAUGGUAACAACUCGUCAUGAGGAGCUGUGCCAAAAGAACGGUCGAAAUUUUGUCUGGGACUACAUUAUUCUCGAUGAGGGUCACCGCAUUAAAAAUCCUACAAAGACACAGAAGGCCGUAUUUGGCCUAUUGGCUAAACAUCGAUUAGUUCUUACGGGAACAGCUGUUCAAAAUAAUCUCCGUGAACUCUGGAGCCUGUUCCAUUUCACGCAUCAAGGGAUGCUAUUUGGAAACCUUGCCGGAUUCAAGCAAGACUUCGAGGGACCUAUUAAUAGGGGCCGCGAGAAGGACGCAAAAGCAGGUGAACGCGAGAUGGGUGUUCAGUUGGCUAUACAAUUAAAGAGAAUGAUUCAACCAUUCUUUUUGCGUCGUACUAAAGCAGAGGUGUUUCGGUCAGGUCAGGGGAUGAAAGUUCAGGCAAAUAAAGAGGAUUUGGUUCUAUGGACAUUUCUAUCUGAGACUCAACAGCAGCUCUAUCAGGACUUUCUACAAUCGGAGAGCGUUAAGGAUAUUCUGAUGUCCUCAAAGUCGCCUUUGUUGCAACUGAAUAUCUUGAAAAAGAUUUGCGAUCACCCGCGUCUUCUUCCUAAGAAAGCUUGCGUACAGCUCGGCCUUUGCGAUACGAUGAGCGAAGAUGAGAUUCGUGAGUUCCUCGAAGACAAUAAACACUGUCCGUUCUCAAUCGAUGAUGUUAGUGAUGAAGACCUACUGAACGAAAGUGGCAAGAUGAGGCUCACUCUUGAACUCACGGUGCAUUUGCGUGAACAGGGACAUCGUACGCUAAUAUUCUCCACAUCGAGACGUAUUCUUGACAUGAUUCAACGAAUUUUGCGAAUGCGAAAAUUCACGAUAGCUCGUUUGGACGGUACAAUUACCAAGCCCAGUGAAAGAAAUGAGAUUGUGAAUGAUUUCCAAAAACGUGGUAAAGAUGUGUUUCUGCUUACCACACAGGUCGGUGGGGUUGGUCUUACAUUGACCAAUGCCGAUCGCGUCAUUAUAUAUGAUCCCAAUUGGAAUCCGGCUACAGAUGCCCAGGCCGUCGAUCGAGUGUUCCGAAUUGGGCAAACAAAGGACGUGUUCGUAUAUCGACUGAUCACCUGUGGCACAAUCGAGGAGAAGAUAUACUCCAGACAGAUCUUCAAGGAUUCCAUUAUAAAGCAAACAACUGGAAAACACUCCGAUCCUACGAGGUACUUCACACGUAGCCAAUUGCGUGAACUUUUCAUACUUAACGACCCUCUUCGAUCAGAAACUCAAGAAAAGCUAGCCGAGAUGCAUGAGAAACUUUUGUCAAACGAAGCUAAGGCCCACAUUGACUUUCUGAUGGCCAGCAAAAUGGUCUAUGGAGUGUCACACCAUGACCUUUUAUUUUCCACCGAAGAGGAGAAAGAGGAGGUGUCUGAAGAUCAGCGAAGAUUUAUCAGCCAACAGGUGGAACGGGCCCGGGUCAUUCGUGAAAGAGAAGCCGACGUCGUUGCUGUGGACCUGCGGCGGAACCCGCACGUGGUACCCAACCUUGACAUGGCGAGCGCGUCGGCACGUAAUAGGGCUGCGUCAAUGCCAUCAACAAUCAAUCCUGAAAACCUGCGCAACCGGCCACCGCUACCACGGAAAGUUGAGAAUUUUAGCGGUGAUUCCUACAAUUCACUGAAUCGAAGCAGCAAUACGACGACGAACGAGACUUUCAUUGACCUCUCACAGGAUGACUUCCAAGACCAGCAGUUUCCAAAACAUCUCCACAGUACAAUAAUUGAAGACGGCAGCCGGACGGGCGAGCUCAUCAUUGUGGACGACGACGACGACGACGACGAUGAUGACAUACACAUCAUAAAAGAGACGAUACGCGAGCGCGAAGUAACAAUAAUUAAGGACUCGGAUGACGACGAGUUCAAGAUCGAAGAUGUCACCCCUAACAAACUGACCAGUGGUACUGGCAAUCAUAGCAUUACAAGGUCGCCCGCGACCCGCAUUAGGACGGAAGAACAACACAGUCACCACUUAAGUUCACGCUUGCCAUCUCAAUCACCCGCUCGACCGCGACGGAGCGUCAACGACCGUGGUGACGACGUCAGCGAGGAUGAGGACAGCAGUCCCAUUGUACCAUAUGGACGUGCGAGGCGACUUGUAAUCGUCUCGGAUCAAGAGGAUGACAGUGAAGAUCUUGCUCUAGAAAACAAAACGCGCCCUGAAGUUUCAAAUCCAGAAGAUGAUAUUAAAGAUUUUGGUCUUGUUGCAAACACUGAAGAGACUUUGACGCUCAAGAGCCCUAACAUCGUAUCGAACGAAAGUAAUGUAAGCUUUGAAAGAGCGAAUGAUUUGGCUUGCAGAAGUGGCCUUUUGCCUUCAGCAGGAAAAAAAUCCAAACGUCGUUCAGUGGCCGUGAUCCAGCGAGCAUCGCCUGAACCUGGUGAUCAUGAAGAUGAUUCGAUGGACACGACUGAAGGCAAUAACAGACCUGGUGUUUCAUCUAGUAAAAAUAAAACUGACGAGCAGGAGGAGCGUCUAAGAGCAGCCGAAGAAGCCGCUUAUGACGAGGCCUUCGAGAUAGAUGAUAUUGAUGAGAGCAUCAUCGAAAAGACAAUUCUUGAGGCUUCAACGACGGCGUCCGAUACUGAUGGUGGUCACAAUUCAAGUAGCGCUGCUGAAAAAUCUUGGAACGGGACUUCGAGCAUAUCAGUGGGCCGGGGGACUGAGUCGGCUGAAAAUGACAUCAGCAUGAUGGUCGAAGAGAGCAUUAUUGACGAGGACGACGACUAUCAUUUAAUGGAAGUAAAAAAUGGCCAGCAACAAAGGACGGACGUGUCAGUGACACAAGAUGAAGAUGAGGUCGUUGCCGAUAGCUCAGAUGAAGACUUGUAAAUAGAUAUCGGGUGCGUAGGUCCGUCCUAGCCAACGUGGGUGUCCACCAAAAAACUUGACUUGUUCAGUAGUUUUUUAAUAAUAAAUGGAUUCACAAUAAUUUCAGUAGUGCUUUUAUUCAUAGCAAAUCCAGGGAGUUGUUUCAGCUCUUUUUAUAAUGAUUUUUUACUUGUGCUGUUGUUGCAAAGAACAAGCGAAAUUUUGUUAUUUAAAUUUGCUUCACUGAUUUUAUAAAGAACUUUUUACUUCAGUAGCUAAUUGUAUUGAACUCAAUAAAAUGUAGAUCUUUUGUCAAGUACGAUAUUAAUAAUGCGUUGCUUUCGCAGACAAA